GGAGUGUUUUGUGGUGGUAUUGGUAAAUGUCAGUUGUACGUCUUGUUUUGAGGUUAGGAAGUAACAUUAUCAAGAAUGUUUCAUCAUUCUUCCAAAAAUUGUACGUAGGAUGAGAGGAUUGCAAGGUACAAUAAUGAGCUUAGUGGAAGUUGAAUGAAAAUUCAUUUCGUCAUCCUUGAAAGACAAGGAGAAGAUGUUCAAAUUCCGAAGUUGCAUUUCUAGAGUAGUGGCUAUUGUUUCAAAACGUUCCACAAUAACAUGCAACUCAUGCAGCAGACUUUCUACCUCAAGUUCAAGUACUACCCCGAUUCGACCAGGAAUUACAUUAGUAUUCGGCAAGUACCUGUUAGCAACAAAUACGAUCAGUUCCGGUGUUCUCAUGCUCAUCGGAGAUAUUUGUCAGCAAGAAGUUGAAUAUCGGCAACGCAAAAUAGAAGAAAGAUAUGAUUAUGGUAGACUCAGUCGAAUGUUUAUUGUGGGCGUUGCACUAGGCCCAUUACAUCAUUAUUAUUAUGUAUGGUUAGCAAAAACUUGGCCAGCAAGGAGUGCAAAAAUCAUCACUUGGAAAAUUCUUCUCGACCAAAUUGUUAUGUCCCCGAUUUGUAUCGCUGGAUUCUUCUAUGGAAUGGGGAUCCUGGAAAGAAAAUCAGUUCAAGAAUGUAGUGAAGAACUAGUUGACAAGUUCAAAGAAGUUUACUUGUUGGAUUGGAUAGUAUGGCCCCCAACACAGUUCAUAAAUUUCUACUACAUUGCUGUGAAAUAUCAAGUGCUGUACAUAAAUGCAGUGACAAUGUUGUAUGAUGUAUUUUUGUCAUACAUAAAGCAUAGAGAACUUGCUAGGGAGCAAAUAACACAUGUUGAAUUACUUGAAGCAAAGAAAAUCUAAAGGGGGUUAACGUUUAG